GUGGCCCUACCGGAGCGAGCAGCCGCAGCAGCAGCAGCCGCCUCAGAGUGAGCAGGAGCCCGCAGACCUCAGCCGCAUCUCCGCCUCCAGCUCAGCUCCAUCCCGCCUCUCCUCCACCAUGUCCGAGGCUCAGACCGCCCCGGCCUCGGCCCCGGAGGCCGCCGCCGCCGCGGUGCUGGAGGCCCUGAACGCCUCCGACCCCACCGGCUCCGAGGCGCUGAACGCGACCGUGAAGUUCGUGGCCAGCCCGGAGGGCACGGCGCUGGCGUACGGGAGCCUGGUGCUCAUGGCGCUGCUGCCCAUCUUCUUCGGAGCCCUGCGCUCCGUCAGCUGCUCCAAGUCCAAGGAGCUCGGAGACAAUGAUACAGAUUCUGGGUUCAGAAAUGCAUCAGAAAUGCCAGAAACCAUCACCAGUCGUGAUGCGGCGCGGUUUCCCAUCAUCGCCAGCUGCACCUUGUUCGGCCUCUACCUCUUUUUCAAGGUGUUUUCUCAAGAGUACAUCAACAUGCUGCUGUCCAUCUACUUCUUCGUGCUGGGCGUCCUGGCUCUGUCUCACACCAUGAGUCCACUGAUGUCCAGAAUCUUUCCAACGUCGAUUCCAAACAAACAGUUCCAGCUGCUCUUCACUCAGGGCUCCGGAGACGCCAAAGAGGAAAUUGUCAACUAUGAGUUUGACACCAAGAACCUUGUGUGUCUGGUGAUCAGCAGCGUGGUCGGAGUCUGGUACGUGCUCAAGAAGCACUGGAUCGCCAACAACCUGUUCGGCCUGGCGUUCGCCCUGAACGGCGUGGAGCUGCUGCACCUGAACAACGUGAGCACCGGCUGCAUCCUGCUGUGGGGCCUGUUCGUCUACGACGUCUUCUGGGUGUUCGGGACCAACGUCAUGGUAACGGUCGCCAAGUCCUUCGAAGCCCCAAUCAAACUGGUGUUCCCUCAGGACCUGCUGGAGAAAGGUCUCGGUGCCAGUAACUUCGCCAUGUUGGGUCUGGGAGACAUCGUGAUCCCUGGGAUCUUCAUCGCUCUGCUGCUGCGCUUCGACGUCAGCCUGAAGAAGAACAGCAGGACGUAUUUCUACACCAGCUUCCUGGCCUACAUCUUCGGACUGGGCCUCACCAUCUUCGUCAUGCACACCUUCAAACACGCACAGCCCGCUCUGCUCUACCUGGUCCCGGCCUGCGUCGGCUUCCCCGUCGUCGUGGCUCUGAUCAAAGGAGAGUUCACCGAGAUGUUCAGGUACGAGGAGACGCCACCCGAGGAGGAGGCGGCUGCGGUGGCUAAUGGCGACGAGCCAGAGAAGAAGAAGGACCAAUAACAUCCACCGCUGCCUGCCCCCCCCACCCACCGCCAUCCAGCCUGCUGCCGCCACAUUUCACUGAAGCCCCACCCCCCGCCUCUCCAGCUUCCUGUUCGUUGCCGGGGGAGAUGGAGCUCGUGUCGCCAACGUGUUUUGUCUUUGAAAACCCAUCGGCGCGGCCGCUGGUCUCCAUGGUAACGGCUGCUGUCGUGCUAAUGGGGGCGUGUCUGUAUUAAAAGGUUGUUGCGUUACAGCAGUAGAGCCUCGUUGCCAUGUUCCCUCAUGUUUCCUCUCAGCUGCUCUCACACAGGAAGCCCCGCCCCCCCGCGGCGGCGCCCUGUGUGGCGCAGUCGCCUCAGACGAACCAGGAAGUGAGCGAGCGCUUGUUUUCGUCUUUCACAGCCUGAAGAGAAGAGAGAGAAUCACAGGGUGAAGCGAGCGCUUCUUUCCUUCCUUGUUUCCUGCUCGUCACUCUGCCUUCUGCUUUCUCAUCUCUGUGUUUUCUGUUUAGUUUUUCUCAGUUUUAUUGUUUCCUGUUAAAGGCCAGAGUUUUAAGAUGAAGACGAACGGUUCAGUUUUCAUUGUGGAACCUUCAUGUCUGUGAACAGCUGCUUCACACCAGGAAAUAAACCUCUGGAUCAGAGCUGAGCUGCUUCAGAUUAAACCCGUGUCCAUUGGUUGUUUGCUGCAGCAGCUGCAGGUCACAUGGUCUGAGAGGCCGUUGGUUCAGAUAUUUAUUUUUAUCCAGCUCCAUUUAAAAUAUGAUUCUGUUGUGAAGUUUUUAUCAUCAUGUGUCGACUUGAUCGUCAGCGUGUUCGUUCUGUUAGAAAUCUAAAGACCUGAUGACCGUGAGAAACUGAAAAACAUCAGCAAGCUGUCGACAGUAAAAUCCCUUUUAUUCUUUUUAGUUAAAGUUUUUCACCUUGAGCGGAUGAUAGUUUCAUUUAAUUUGAUAAAACGUUCUGGCAAAGUUUUGAUGAGUCUCAUGGAUCAAUGUGUCGGUUUUCAUUUCAAACACGGAGAACUGAAUGGAAACUAAUUAAGGAUUAAUUUGUGUCAAAAACACAAAUCACACAGAGUAAUAAACCAGAUGUUUCAGACUCAACAUCUGUUUUAGUUCUGGUUGUUUAAUCAGACGACAGCUGAGUCUCUACCUGGCGUCUGAUGAAGGAACCAAACAAACAUGAGCCGGGUUUUUCACUCUUAAAGUUCUGGCCUGAGGGGGAGGAGCCUCGUCAGAUCUGAUGUUUUCAUGACUCGAAUUUUUGCUCAUUUUCUCAUGAAUAAAUUUGAAAUAUACUUUUUCAUCCAAA